UUAUGCCUGGAAUGGGUGAAGGGGUCAAUCAGUGGAUCUUUCCUAGCAGCAAAUGGUUUUGCUAAACCGCUGACCACUGCAAGGAGACUGUCACACACCCCCAGUGGGACGUAAGUAUAACUGCCUUCUGGCUCCUCCUAUGGUAUCUUAAACGUCUGUGUAAAAUCCACCAUGAAAAGGAAGUGGAUUAAUUGCAGUCUUUGAAAUCAUCAUUGGUGUUCUUGGUGCUGCCAAGGCAUUGCAAAAAAAAAAAAAAAAAAUCCACAGACAUCUGAUAAUUAAGAUCAAUGCACUAAUCUGCAAUCAUCAAACAUGGCCAAAAUGAAUAACCUGUGGAAUACAGAAGCUUUUACAGACAAUGCGUACAUAUCAAAACGAAGUAUUAGGAAGAUUCUUAUCAGGAAGAGGCAUUAUCUGCCUGCGGAGAACAAGAUUUCUGACCCCAACAAUAAAAUAAAUCCGGUUCUACCUAUUGAGAAGAACAUUAAUGCUUCAACUAGUUGUGUAGAAGAGAUAACAGUACAAGAGUUGGGAUCUCAAAUUUCAAGCACUCAAUUCUAUAUUCCUGCAAAAUAUUCUGAACAAUGCUGUGGAACAGACAGAGAACUGGAUGAAAAAGAAAUAGAGACUGGGUCUGGAUCUGACCCCAGUUCCCAACUGAACCACAAGGACUCAGAACCAACCAGCAUCCCCCAUGUGAAGGUAAAAGAGGAGGUAGACAUCACUAAAGCAUGUGGCCUGGCAGGAAUUCAGCCAGAGACUGAGGCUGAGGAGGAUGAAUGCGAUGUAGAGGGAAACACAGAUGACACACCCAAAUCUCCAGAGAAUCAGCUUUUAAAAAGUCAAUUAAUGUUCGCCACCAUGAAGAAACGAGGGAUGGAGGGAGACACCGAAAAUCGGCCAUACAAGUGCACCUACUGCAACUGGGCUUUCAAAAAGUCCAGCAACCUGCUCAGCCACAUCGAUACACACCGAGGACUCAAACCGCAUGUUUGUGACCUGUGUGGGAAAGCUUACUCGCACCAGGGGACUCUUCAACAGCACAAGCGGCUGCACACGGGCGAAAGGCCGUACCAGUGCCCUUUUUGUGAAAAAAGCUACAUUUGGUCUUCUGAUUUCCGCAAACACAUCCGAACGCACACCGGAGAGAAACCGUAUAUCUGUGAGGAAUGCGGCAAGGACUUUGUGAGAUCUUCUGACUUGCGAAAACACGAGCGCAACAUGCACACCAACAACAAGCCGUUUCUCUGCAAGCACUGUGGGAAAACUUUUAACAAACCAUUGUCCCUUCACCGUCAUGAGCGCACACAUUUGGGCGAGAGGCCGUUCAUCUGUCCAGACUGCGGGAAGGCGUUUGCAUUAGCCAGUCGUAUGACAGAGCACAGGAAGAUUCACAGCGGCGUACGUCCCUACACCUGCACUGUUUGCUCCAAAUCUUUCACCAAGUCCUCCAACCUCGCAGAGCAUCUCACAGUCCACAGUGGAGUCCGACCACACAAGUGCUCAGAAUGUGGAGUGGCAUUCGCCAUGGCAUCCCGACUGGUGCGGCAUCAGCGUAUUCAUAAAGCAGAGCAGUCCUAUCCGUGCCAGGACUGUGAUCUGUCAUUCAGCCACAUCACAGCACUCAAGAAGCAUCAGAAGAAGCAUACUGAAGGCAUGAUCUUCGUAUGUGGACAGUGCAGUAAAUCUUUCCACCAGGAAUUCCUUCUCAAAGAACACAUGCAGAGCCAUGCAGACACUGAGACUUGCAUUGCCUAAAACCCAUUUUGCACUUAGGUAACUGGAGGAGAGUAAGUAAGCCUAGGUUGUUCUCUUUCUUUCACAAUUAAGCCUUAACAACAUAGUAACAUUUAGCUAGGUAUUCAAAGCCAUUUGUUAGGACCGUAGCUUUCUUUCUUACGCCUUAAUAACAAAGUUACAUUUAAUUUAGUUUAGAUAGGACCUGAUAGGACCUUGCCAUUUAUUUAUUUAUUUUAUUUAUUUUUGUGGUGUAAAAGUGCAGAAACUUGUAGGGACCACCUUGGUUGUGAAUAAAUCUGUGUAUAUUCUGAACAAAAGAAAACCAUAAAUAAAUGAAAAAUACGAAAUGUUGUUAACAUGUUGGUGACCUAUAUGUAAAAUGUUUAAAGGACAAUGUCGACCAAGGCUUUUUGGACAAUGCAGAACAUCUCAGAAAUAUUGUGAUUUCUUUUAGCAGUACAGUAUGAUUUACACAGUGCUACUUAUUUCAAUGAAGAAAAUUUGUUGUUAUUCGCCAUAUGUUAUUACCUUUAACUUUCCCUGACUUUGAAUGCAUGCAGCAGGUGAAUAUGUGCAUUUGUAUCUUGAGACUUAAGGGAUGGUGCUGUUUGUACAUGUUAUAUAAUGGAUCAAACUAAUAAUAAUACUGUUACAUUUCAUGCAGCUAAAAUAACCGACACGAGAACACUAUGUUGUUAUGGUGUUUCAGUGAAGGAGAAUGUCAAAAUGUAGUCUUAUUUAAGAUUCUUGCCUUUGUUUGAAACAGGGGAGAUUGUUGUUUUAGAGAUUAAAUUUUGAAUCGUACUUGAGAACAUUAAACCUAAUACUCAGAGUG